AUGGGGCUGGGGCCGGUUCCUCGGCGGGGAGAUGCAAAGGAGCCGCGACUUGGUCUCCUCCGGAUGGAGAGGGCCUUUACCCUUGCUGGGCCUAGGCUGGAUUGGGACACUGUGGUGGGAGUGCUCCGGCUGGUUUGGCUAGGUACGCUCAGGUUCCCGGGUAAGACUUUGUUGGGAGCAUUGGGUCUGAUUCAUCUCCCAGUUAUGCUUCAGUGUGCGGUAGUCAUGCUCGAGCUCGACGUUCUUAGCAUGAAGAUGGUCAUAUUUCUCGGACAUCUUGGUGACACUGGCGCAGAGGCUCUCCAGUUCUGCCUGGAGAUUGGCAUCUGCUGA